AUGGAUGCGCAGAAUGCUGCCGAGUCCGCCUCAACGAAGCCACCUGCUUCUCCCAAGGAGACAGGCGCAGCCGAGCCUGAUCAACCUAAUUCAUCCUCCGUGAACGUUUCUUCUGACGGAAACAGGCUGUCGCCUCCCGUCAAGGAGCCCAAAGCCAGCGCGACGGCGUCGUCCACUGCUCAAGAGGACGAUGGCGCUGAUGCCAACUCCGAGGCAGAAACAAUCGUGCUCGCGGGCAAGGAUGGCUCCCCAGUGAAGACGCGCAAGAUUAUCAAGCACGAGUUCAAUAGCGACGAUGAAAGACAACAUGCCCCCACGAAGCGGAAACAGUCGAGCGGAUCCAAAGACGGGGACAAGCCCGAAAAGGCCAACCGCGCUGGUAGUGCAGCUGCUGAGGGACAAAGCAUCCUUCCGGACUCCACCUCACCUGCUAAAUUGGCACCCCAUAAGAAACAUCUUGACGCACACGGUCAGACAUUCCUCGCGCGAGCGUGUGCGAGAGGCGAAUAUGACCUCGCCAAGACGCGUUUGGGUGAACGUCCUGAGGAUUUGAAUGUUGCUGACUUUGCUGGAAAUACACCUCUUCAAAUCGCAGCCCUGAACGGAUAUGAGAACAUUGUCAAGCUUCUCAUUGACGCGGGUUGUAAUCUGGAAUGUGUCAAUUACGACAAGGAUACCCCACUUCUCGAUGCUGUGGACAAUGGACAUCUUGGGGUGAUCAAGAUCCUCCUCGACGCUGGUGUCAAUCCACGCAAGGCGAACGUGAAUGGUGAAGAACCGCUCGACAGGGUGGACGAUGAGAUGGACAAUGCGGCCGAGAUCAGAAAUGCUCUAGUAGAAGCCAAGCAAAAACAGGGUGAGCGUCGCCGGACAUCAGAGGAACAUCACGAUAAUUACGAUACUCGCUCCUCUCAUGGCCCAGAAAGUCCAAGGCGAUCCCCCGCUGCGGCAUCAUCAUCCCAUGCCGCAGCAAGUGGACGGAGAGCAGGCACCGUGCGGGCUACCAAAACUAGCAACCAUCUGCUCUACAUGCCCAUGGAUGACAAGACGUUGCGUCAAGCUGCCGGCCGUGGCGAUGAAGAAACUGUUACGCGCAUUCUUCAAGUCAGGGACACCUUUGACGAUCCAGAGUCUAUGGUAGCCGCAGCGAGAGGCGGGCACGAUAUUGUGAUGCAGCUUCUUCUUGCAUUGGGUAGUGCCAAUCCUGACCCAGGCCCCGUAACAUCACUCCCUCCCGAAUACGCCACACCCAUGUUAGCGGCGAUCGGUCAGGAGAACAUCAAGGUUAUACGCCUGCUCUUAGAUCAAGGUAGCUUUGACCCUACUAGGAAGUUUAAAGGUCAGACCUACCAUGAGAUUGCGCGGAAACGGCAGGGCACCUAUUGGAAGGAAGAGGAACAGAUGUUGAAGGACGCCUAUGAUCAAGAUCCUCCCAGCCCGCGUGAUUCUCGGCAUGAAGACCCUCAAGAACGACUUAAGUCAGAGAAGUAUCAUGAUCGGACAAAGGCACUCAAAAGAGACGAGUCACGCGACAGGCUGUCUGUCUCUGGCGAGAGCUCUGGUAAGCGUCACCGAGCGAGUGCUACCCCUCCCAAUGGUUUGUCAGAAAAGGAAGGCGAGGCGCCUCUUAAGAGGAGGCGACUAGAUGUCGAAGGAAAGGAGAAGCGACAAAAGCCUAGUGUCUCACCUGAUGGCCGGCCCCGUAAGUCGGGCUCAUCGCGUGACGUGUCGGCCUCAGCUGGAGCUUCUGGCAAAUCGAACCUUAAGGGUCGUGAAGACAAUGAGCGCCGUGAGUCCUCGAAGCCUAAGAAAUCAGAUUCAACAGCCGAGCAUGGCCGCAGAGAGUCGGGCAAGUCCAUCACGUCAGAAAAGAGCAUCCAUGUCAAGUCGGAAGAUACCGAUGUGGAGAUGCGUGACGUGGAUCAAGCUGAUGAGGAGGCCGAGGCUCGCCUUGCUCAAGAGAAGGAAGACCAGCAACAGAAGCAAGCUGAGCUCGAAGCUAAGGCUAUUGAGGCGAAGAAGAAGGAAGAUGAGGAACGACAACGCCAAGAAGAGGAAGAGAAACGCCAACGAGAGGAAGAGGAGGUCAAGCGCCAGGAGCAGGAAAAGAAACGCCUUGUAGAAGAAGAGGAGCGGAAGCGGAAGGAAGAGGAAGAGCGCACAAGACAAGAGGAGGCGGACAGGAAGAAACGCGAGGAAGAAGACCGACUUCGCAGAGAGGCGGAAGAGAAGCGCCAGCGAGAAGAGGACGAGAAACGCCAGCGCGAGGAAGAAGAGCGGAAGAAGAGAGAGGAGGAAGAGAGGCUUCGAAAGGAACAGCUUGAACGGGAAGCAGCAGAAGAGGCUCGCCGUAAGCGCGAGGAAGAAGAACGCAAGGAGCAAGAGCGCAAGGAACGUCUUCAGCGUGAAGAAAUGGAACGUCGACGUGCUGCCAGAGAAGCCGAGCGAGCUGCUAGGGAGGCCGAACAGCGUCGAAUUUUUGAGGAGCACGAGAAGCUUCGCCUUUCCAAAUUACCUCCACUUUUACGCUGGCUCGACAAGUCUGCCAAUCCAAAGUCUUCUGAGAUCGCAGAGAAGUUCAGCAUGAUGCAGGGUGUACGUUACGACUGCAUUCGCCCGGAAGCUACGGGAACACCGGAUGGUCGCGAACAGUGGUUGCUGAAUACCCAAGUGGCUUUGCUACUGGGAGAGAAGGAUCUCGAACUCUCGCGCUAUACAGCAUGGGAGCGAGUGCCUGUUUCUAUGAUUGCGAAGCGGAUCAUCUGGAGGCUCGAAUCUGAUCGAUAUGCCCUCACCACUCCUACGCUGUACGAGCUGGGCAAACAAUUGCCGGAGUACUAUUGCGGCGAAGAUCCCGAUCGAAUGGGCUACAGGGUUAUCGAGAAGCUUCGUGGUGAGGCUUGGGAGAAGUUCGCGGGCAUGGAUAUGUUCUUCGUCAAGGCCUCUGAACUGAUGUAUAUCAUCCCGAACAUUCCUCAUCUGCGGAGCAUAACCCUCACGGUCGCCUAUCGUGAACUGCCAGAGCAUGAGUCUCAACUCUCCAAAUGGGCGCCUUUGCAGAAAUGGAAGAUCGACCCCGAUGCUAAUCGAUUCUAUGGAUUCGCCCCGAGGAACAAGUACUACGUCAAUGGUCAAAUGGUCCUUGAGGAAAAACCUGGCCUUAGUAGAACCAUCAUCCUACGACAAACGGCAAUAAUCUUCAUGCCGCUAUACAAGACAAGCCUCUAA